AUGCUCCGUAAUUAUCCUAAGAACUUAAUUGGACCUAGAACAAUUGCAAGGACUACACACACCUCAUGUUAUAAUGGUGGAAGUAUAAAAACAUAUGUUGAAGAUCAGGUUAAGGCAGUUACCGAAUGGUUUGGAAGCGAUAGAUUUCAAAAUAUUAAGAGAACGUACACACCUUUAGAUGUGGUAAAACAUCGGGGUAGCAUAAAUCCCUGUGAAGUAAUUUAUCCAUCUGCGUUCCCAUCAAGGAAGUUGUUUUCCCUAGUAGAAGAGCACUUUAAAGACAAAAAACCAUUGCACACUUUGGGUGUUUUAGAUCCUGUCCAAAUGACCCAACUAAGUAGAUGCGAAGAUUUGAAAGUGGCAUAUGUAUCUGGAUGGGCCUGCUCCUCUACAAUGGUUGGUUCAACCAAUGAUGUGUCACCAGAUUUUGGAGAUUAUCCAUAUAAUACUGUACCCAAUCAAGUGGAGAGGAUUAUGAAAGCACAACAGAUGCAUGACCGUAAAGCUUACUUAGAGAAAUUUAUGACAGAUCAAAAAUCCUCAUCAAAUGCUGAAUUUAUUGAUUAUUUGAAACCAAUUAUUGCAGAUGGUGAUAUGGGCCAUGGCGGGCCAACAACAGUUAUGAAGGUUGCAAAACUUUUUGCUGAGAAAGGUGCUGCUGCUGUCCAUUUAGAAGAUCAACUUGUUGGUGGUAAGAGAUGUGGUCAUCUAAGUGGUGCUGUUUUAGUUCCCACUGGUGCACAUCUGAGUCGCUUAAUCAGCACCAGAUUUCAAUGGGAUAUUAUGGGCACUGAGAACUUAAUACUAGCUCGUACUGAUUCAUGUAAUGCAAAAUUAAUAAGCAGUGACAUUGAUCCUAGAGAUCAUAGUUUUAUUCAAGGUAUCCUCAAUCCAUCUAAAACUGAUCGUUGGGCAGAUAAGUUAUUAGAACUAGAAAGAAAAGAGGUAGACAAAUCCAUCAUUGCUGAAGCAGAGAAGGAAUGGUAUGACCAAAACAAAUUAUAUACCUACGAAGAGAUGAUCCAAAUAAGAUUCACUGAGUCAGAGUAUAAGGACUAUCUAACAAGAAAGGACAAGUACCUACAAACUCAGGGGAAGAACUUCCUAAGUGUUCGUGAGAUGAAAAAUAUAGCUACGGAAGUUAACUCCACUAAACGCUUGGAAUUUUGUUGGAUGGCACCCAGAACUAAGGAAGGCUAUUAUAUGUUUAAAGGAGGUAUGGAACCUGCUAUCAGAAGAUCACUAGUUUUUGCCCCAUAUUCUGAUAUGAUUUGGUUGGAGACAAAAACCCCCGACCUUGAACAAGCUAAAAGCUUUUCGAAAGAGAUUCAUAAUACUUAUCCACAUGUUAAAUUUGUCUAUAACUUGUCACCUAGCUUCAACUGGACUGCCCACGGAUUCAACGGUGACAAAUUGAAAUCGUUUAUAUGGGACCUUGCCAAAGAAGGAUUUGUCUUACAAUUAGUUUCCUUAGCUGGUCUUCACACAAAUGCUGCUUCAUUCUGGGAUCUUGCCAAGAAUUUCCAAAAGGAUGGAAUGAAGGCCUACGUGGAUAAAGUACAAAAGAUCGAGAAACAGCUCGAUUGUGACGUCUUAACACACCAGAAAUGGUCAGGUGCAGAAUAUAUGGACUCUUUGCUAAACGUUGUACAGAAUGGAUCUUCUUCUCAAACCAUGAGUACUUCUGGUGAGAGUUUUACCGAGAACCAAUUCUGA